AUGUCCUACCCGCAAUUUGGAUACCCCUAUUCUUCGGCACCCCAGUUCCUGAUGACCACCAACUCCCUGAGCACGUGCUGCGAAUCAGGUGGCCGCACACUGGCUGAUUCUGGGACCGCCGCCUCCGCCCAGGCUCCAGUUUACUGCCCGGUCUACGAGAGCCGGCUGCUGGCCACCGCGCGCCACGAGCUCAACUCGGCCGCGGCGCUGGGCGUGUAUGGGGGCCCCUAUGGCGGCUCGCAAGGUUAUGGCAACUAUGUGACCUACGGCUCCGAGGCCUCCGCCUUCUACUCGCUGAACAGCUUCGACUCCAAGGACGCGCCAGGAUCUGCGCAUGCGGGCCUCGCGCCUGCCGCCGCCGCCGCUGCCGCUGCCUACUACCCUUACGAGCCAGCACUGGGCCAGUACGCUUAUGACAGGUACGGCACCAUGGACAGCGGCACGCGGCGCAAGAACGCCACGCGUGAGACCACCAGCACGCUCAAGGCCUGGCUGCAGGAGCAUCGCAAGAACCCCUACCCCACCAAGGGCGAGAAGAUCAUGCUGGCCAUCAUCACCAAGAUGACCCUUACGCAGGUCUCCACCUGGUUCGCCAACGCCCGCCGACGCCUCAAGAAGGAGAACAAGAUGACUUGGCCACCAAGGAACAAGUGUGCAGAUGAGAAGCGGCCCUAUGGGGAGGGUGACGAGGAAGAGGGUGGAGAAGAGGAUGCCCGGGAGGAGCCCCUCAAGAGCACCAAGAAUGAAGAGCCCAUUGGCAAAGAGGAGAAGGAUCUUGAGCUCAGCGACUUGGAGGACUUCGACCCGCUGGAGGCAGAGCCCCCGGAGUGCGAGUUGAAACCUCCCUUCCAGCCCCUGGACGGUGGCCUAGAACGCAUCCCGGCCGCGCCUGACCGCCCCAGUGCCCCUGGAAAAGAGGCCUCUGGCGCCCACCGGAUGCCCCUGGCCACAGAUGGCGGGUCCGCCCUGGACCAGGACCUGGAGAGGGCCCGGAGCUGCCUCCGGAGCGUGGUGACAGGGCCGGAGCAGCAGCCAGGUGCUGGGGGCGGCCCGCAGGUCUGCGAGGCCAAGCUGGGCUUUGCGUCGGCUGGCGCGACUGCAGGCCUCGAGGUCAAGCCGCGCAUCUGGUCCCUGGCGCACACGGCUACCGCAGCCGCCGCGACCAACCUGAGCCAGACUGAGUUUCCUUCAUGCAUGCUCAAGCGCCAAGGCCCUGCCGCCCCUGCAGCCAUCUCAUUGGCGCCCCCCUCGUCCUCACCUGCGGCCCCCGCCCCCGCCGGUGCCCUGGACAGGCACCAGGACUCCCCGGUAACUAGUCUCAGAAACUGGGUGGAUGGAGUCUUCCACGACCCCAUCCUCAGGCACAGCACUUUGAACCAGGCCUGGGCCACCGCCAAGGGUGCCCUCCUGGACCCGGGACCGCUGGGCCGGUCGCUAGGGGCUGGCGCCAACGUGCUGACGUCACCCCUGGCGCGCACCUUCCCUCCCGCCGCGCCCCAAGAGGCCCCUGCUGCUGGCGCCCCGAAGGAGCUGCUGGCUCUGCCCAAAACCGGCGGGAAGCCCUUCUGCGCUUAA